CAGCGGGGAAAUUCAGGGCUUCGACGGUGGAGGUGGCAGCAGAAAGAGGGGAAAAAAGUUUGGGAACCAACAUUUUUCUCUCUCGCUACAGUGAAGAAAACUCGUCUCGUUUCCCCCCCUCGGAGGACGGGAUCUGGAGGAGGUAGAGGAGGAGCCUUGCCUGGUGAACCAUGCUGGCAAAGACCCUCCUACUGCCGUGAGCUGCCAGGGGGACAAUCGGAGGCAUCAUGGCAGAUCUGCCCAUUGCCCCAGGCCAGAUCUACAUCGAGGUUGAGUAUGACUAUGAGUACAAGUCCAAGGACCGCCUUAUCACCAUCCGACAGGGGGAGUGUUACAUGCUAGUCAAGAAGGCCAAUGAGGACUGGUGGCAGGUGAAGAAGGAGGAGGGGACCAAAGCCUUCUAUGUACCAGCACAGUAUGUGCGAGAGGUCCGCAAGGCCCUCAUGCCCCCACCUAAACCCAUCCUCCUCCCUGCUGCAAGUGCGAUCAAUGCCCCUUUUCAAACCAGCGGCGCAGUUCGGCAUAAGCCCAACACUCUGGACCUGGAACACACCACUGAGAACCUUUACCGUAGCAACUCUGGCUACCGCCACUCACCCUCCUCUACCUCCACACCCUUUGACCAGUCCAGAGACAACAACUAUCACCACGUUCCUAGCAGCCCCUCAGACCACGACCGAGCACUGGCUGAGAUCCUGCUUCAUGGAGGAGGAGGCCCUCAGGCAGCCCAGAGGGGCGGGUGUAACACGCUGCCCCGUGCCCGUGCACGCUCUCCAGAGUUGGUCAGGGCUCCCCUGGACGUGGACAGCACCCAGCAGUGUGACUCUGCUGGGGAAAACUCUGAGAGACGCACCAACGACUCUGAGUCUGGAGAUGAGCUAAGCAGCAGUUCCACAGAGUACCUCCAGACGGUGUCUCCAUCAGGUCAGGGCCGCUCCGAGUCGCCCGUCUACACCAACCUUCAGGAACUGAAGAUUUCCCAGUCCAACCUGCCCCCUUUGCCCUCAGGCUCCCCGCUCCACGUGCUGGGGGACUGGGAGACCUACAAGAACCAGAGUGGCAGGCAUUUCUACCACAACCGCUCCACCCAGGAGAGGACCUGGAAGCCUCCCCGUGCCAGGGACACCAGCAGUGGGAGCACCCGAGGAGAAAGCCACAGCACAGGGGAGAGCACCGAGACCACUCCUCUCUCGCUCUCGCCAUCUUUCCUCCCCCUUCUCUCACUUUCAAUUGCUCGUCUCCAGCCUCUGUCAUCGGAGGAUACCUGCCUCAGUACCUACUCUAGCCAAUCAGACAGCCAGUAUGGCUCCCCGCCGCGUGGUUGGUCAGAAGAGAUGGAUGAACACGGUCACACGCUGUAUGUCAGCGACUAUACCAAUGAGAAGUGGAUAAAGCAUGUUGAUGACCAGGGCAGACCUUACUACUACAGUGCAGAUGGCUCCAGGUCAGAAUGGGAGUUACCCAAGUACAACCAUUCCCCUCCCCAGUUGUCUGGAGAGGCUCCAAAGACCCGCAGCCUGGACAGGAAGCAGGUAGAGCCCAUCGUCCUGACCAAGUGGAGACACAGCACCUAUGUGCUGGAACCUAGCGACAAGCGGCUCUUCAAAACCAGGCGUUUCCGUACAGGCUCUGCCCGCCUACACCCAUACAAACACCAAGAUGCUCAACUGGGCCCCAAGCCCUCCUCUCCUGACUCAGAUUCCUGCCCCUCAUCUCCCAAGCCCCCCGCCUCUCCCUCUGAAAAGUGUGGUGUCCUGAAUGUCACAAAGAUCACUGAUCAAGGCAAGAAAGUACGGAAAAACUGGACCUCCUCAUGGACCGUGCUGCAAGGUUCUUCACUUCUAUUCGCCAAAGGCCAGGGAGGUGGGACCAGCUGGUUUGGAGCCAGCCAGUCACCCGAGUUCACAGUAGACCUGAGGGGGGGUUCAGUGGAGUGGGCCUCCAAGGACAAAUCCAGCAAGAAGCACGUCAUUGAGUUGAAGACCCGGCAGGGCACAGAGCUGCUGAUCCAGUCUGAGAAUGACAGCAUCAUCAACGACUGGUACCGAGCACUGCAAGACACCAUCAGUACCCACGCCUGGGAGUCUGAUGAAGCCAUAGAGGAGGACAUGCCUGAGUCCCCUGGUGUUGAGAAAAAUGACAGAGAGAAAGACCUCAGAGAUUCCAAGAAGGGGAGAGCCAUGAAGAGCUCCACCAGCAUGGAUGCCUCGGACAACAAGAAGACCAGACACAAGCUGAAGAAGUUCCUCACCCGCCGCCCCACCCUGCAGGCCGUCAGAGACAAGGGCUACAUCAAAGAUCAGGUGUUUGGUUGCAGCCUGAGCAGCCUGUGUCACCAGGAGAAAAGUACCGUGCCAAGCUUUGUCAAGCUGUGCAUAGACCACGUCGAGAGCAAUGGCCUGUGUGUAGAUGGAUUGUACAGAGUCAGUGGGAAUCUGGCUGUCAUACAGAAACUUCGCUUUGCUGUCAAUCAUGAUGAGAAGGUGAACCUAUCUGAUGCGAAAUGGGAGGACAUCCAUGUGACCACGGGAGCACUCAAGAUGUACUUCAGAGAGCUACCUGAGCCUCUCUUCACCUACGGCCUCUUCCACGACUUUGUCAGUGCGAUCAAGAUUCCAGACUACAAGCAGCGAGUCCAGUCCAUCAAAGAGUUGAUCAAACAGUUGCCAAUCCCCAACCAUGACACCAUGCAGGUCCUCUUCAAACACCUCAGAAAGGUGAUCGACUGGGGCGAGGAGAACCGUAUGACAACCCAGAGUGUGGCCAUUGUGUUUGGUCCCACCCUGCUGCGCCCUGAGACAGAGACCUGGAACAUGGCAGUUCACAUGGUCUAUCAGAACCAGAUAGUAGAGCUUGUUCUGUUAGAGUAUGAGGGCAUCUUCGGCAGGUAGACGGAGAAACCGGAGCAGGAGAGGUUUCUUUUCUUCCUCUCCCAAUGCAGAGCUCUUCUUCACCCAGCUUUGGCCCUGCCCAGAACAGCCUUGCUUGGUCCGGGCCCAGUACAGCUUCUUUUCAUCUCAAACCAACCCGUGGUCACUGGCUUCUCCAAAAACACAACCUUUGGACCAAAAAAAUGAGUCAGAUGAAGAUAGACAUGUCAGUGACCAAUUAGACUCUUUGCGCUUGUCAGUACUCAAAUCUCAUUAACUCCACAGAUGUGUUUAUGCCACUUGACUGCAAAGGUGACAUCCACUCUUGUCCUUACACUGGAUUCCUAUGGCUGAUAAAUGGGCAAAACAAGCCUACUGGAUAGACAGGGUCAGACCAAGAACCUGCUGGAGGUUUCUAUUCAGGAUGGCGGUGGAAUGAACUGGAUGACAUUUACUGGAUCUGGCUCCUACAGUAUUGGAGAUCAUUCUAGUUUCGAUGAUGCUGACUGCACCCUGUAAUGUACUGUAUUAGCAUUUAAGACAGCAGACUAACCUGUAUGUACACCAGCCGUUUCUGGUCGGUUGUCUGUCAGUUCUUAGUGUUGUCUCUGAAAUCCUUUCUACCCUAUAUCAGGGCAGGGAUCCAAUCCAACAGACAAAGCCAGACUAGUUUACUUUUAAACUCCCCUCAGCUCCAUUCUGUGAAAGGGAAGGCUGUAAAUAGAAAGGCUUAGUUUUGUCUCUGAUGUUUUUCCUUGGAGAGCAUGCCCGACUGGGAUACAAGCGAGGAGAACAGGGACCGAUAUGGAAGUCUCUUAUCUACUAUGGUUCAGGAGCUAAUCCAUAUUGAUGAACAUUCAUGAAUAUCAGCUUCCCCCCCAUCCCCUUCUCUGUCUGUACCAUUUUUUCUAGUUCUGAAAUACUGGAGGCAGACUAGUCCUCUGUAGUCACUCAAAUGGUCUAAACUACAACUUCCACACUACAGCUGUAAUCUGUAAAAACAAAUAUACACAAAUAUACGCCAUUUAACUUUUAGAACAGAUCAUCUCAUGUCGCUCGAAAUAUCAACUUGGAAAAACAACAGCACUCUGCUGUGUAUUUCCUUGGCUAAUAGCUAGUUCAUAUUUAGACAAAGCCUUUGAGAAUCUAUCUUCUCUUGAUAAAUUUGUACAGCAUUAAAGAGUGUGUGGAUGGGGGUUGGAUGAAUGGGUGGACGGAUGAAUGAAUUAAAUGGCAUCUUGUACAAACAGUAAAUAUGAGCGUAGAUGCCUUGCGUGUUAGAAAUAUGGGGAAGCAAUCACUAAUGUACAACGAUUCUACUACAGAUGAAUUGACUAAUAAAGUUCUGAAAUGGGCUUUUUGUGUGUUACCUAACAGUUUUGAAACUGAAACAUCCUGAAUGUUAAAUAAAUAAUAAAUAAAAAAAACUGCUGUUGGCUU